UGCGGAUUUUUGGAGGCGGAGCUCAGCUCACACGCACUCCUCCCGCUCCCGCCCCCUUGCGCCUUCGCUCAUGUUGAACCACUCCCAUUCCCGGCCCGACUCCCGCUCCCCCUUCCUCCACCACGGCCACGUCCACGCCCACGCCGCCGCCGCCGACACGGAGCACCUGCACCGGGCGCAGGGGCCGAUGGACCCGCCGUCGUCGUCGGGGCGCCCCACCACGCCGCGCCGGCAGCUGCAGGGCCCGCGCCCGCCCAGGCUCAACGUCAGGAUGGAGUCGCACGCCAUCAAGAAGCCCUCGGCCUCGGGGGCUCCGCCGGCGCCCGGGCAGGGGAGGCCGCGGGACCACCACCACCACCACCCGCAGCCCGGGCGCGCGCCCGUCAUCAUCUACGACGCGUCGCCCAAGGUCAUCCACGCCAAGCCCAGCGAAUUCAUGGCGCUCGUGCAGCGGCUCACGGGCCCCGGCGCGCAGGCGCAGCACGAGCGCCACGUGGCUGACGACGACGCCACCGCCAACGGCGGCGGCGUGCUGGGGCAGGCGUUCCUCCCCCCCGAGCUGCUGCUCUCGCCGUCCGCCGCCAUGUCCCCGGCCGCGCGCCUCGCGACCAUCGAGCGGUCCGUGCGCCCCGUGCCCGCGCCGGCGCCGGCGCCGGACUACGCCGCCGACGGCACCCUCGCGGCGGUGCUCGGCCCCGCGAGGCACCCCGGCAUCCUGUCCCCGCUGCCGUCCUCGCUGCCGCCGGCCGCCGCGUCGGGCCUGUUCUCGCCGCUGCCCUUCGACCCCAGCAGCGUCAGCUGGCUCAACGAGCUCAGCCCCAUCCUCCGGGCAGCGUCCACGGCCAGCGUCGGCGCCGCUGGCCCAGGCGCCACGGCCAACGGCGGGUCCCGGCAGCCGCCGCCGCCGGCCUACUACUCCGACCCGUUCGUCCCCAGCCCCCGCAACCUGCUCGCCACGCCCACCGUGCCGUCGCCGGCCACGUGCGCCGAGUUCUUCGGCAGCCUGCCGGAUCUUUAGCUCGCCGCCCCACAUCGGCCGGCGCCGCUUCCGUCCAAGACAGAUGCAGCAGCGGCCGAAACUUUUGCGGCAUUUUUCCACGCCCUUUCCCUACAUGACUCUCUUCUGGCGGGUGGGGGCGAGUUGGUGGGGCCGGAACUGGUGCUAUUUGAUUAGUGCAGAUGCAAUGCUGAAAGUUUUCAGGUGGCAGUAGUAGUAGUGAAUGAAUGACUACUAGAAGCAGCCGGCCGGACAGCGCGGCCCUUGUUUAUUUCUUCUUUUCCACUGGAUUUACACCCCUUGUGUAGGCCAAGGAAGUGAUUAUUGUUUCUUCAAUGGAUGAUUUGUUAAUUCUUUUAGCUUGGU